AUGUUGUCCGCAACCCUCCCCCGCCGUUUGCUGGCAAUAUGUCUCUCACUGCUCACCGUGUCUCGAAUAUCAGCACAAUCCGUGGCGCCGAGCAAUGCCACAACGAACAAUACUGUCGAAUUCGUCCUGUCUACCUUCUUGAACCAAAUGAGCAUCCAAUCCAGAAUUUUGCCCCUCACAAAUGGUGCUGGAUUGUCUGGCAGUCUCUCUCAGCUUGAGCAAAUCAAUCCCCAAGGUCCGUUAGUCCUGACUACCACCAAAACCGUCGAAUCCCUUCAACCCGGAGACAUCGCAUACAUCAGCUGCGAACCCAGCGAUUACUCAGGCGACAUCGAUGCUGCGAGGACCAUGAAUCUGGCCGUGAACAACAAACCCUAUGCUAUCGUCCUGUACAGUGAGUAUGCAGCUACAUGCAGUUUCAGUCCUUCGGGAGACUUUCAAUACGUGUCCGUGUAUACCAUGCAGAAUGCCAGCUCCUCGGUCGCGGUCGUGGAUGGAUUGCAGAAAAACAACCCACCAUACCCGGCCACGAGCAUAUCGGUGGAUCAAAAAUCAGCGAAUGGGACGAGCAGUAGUGAUAGUGGUAGCGGCGGCUUGGGGAAAUCCCCGACCACAGCGGUGGCAAUGAUUAUUCUCUACAGCAUCACUGGCAUAAUCACUGCUUUAUUCCUAAUCAUCAUCAUUGUUGGAGCUAUCAGAGCGCAUCGACACCCAGAAAGAUACGGGCCAAGACGUGUGAUUGGAAGAGUCAGGCAAGGCAGGGCCAAAGGGUUGGCAAGGGCUAUGUUGGAGACUCUACCUAUUGUCAAGUUCGGCGAUAAAGAAGAGGAUGAUAAACCUGCAGAGCAAGGUAGAGAUGUCGAACUGGCUGGUGUACCCCAGGAAGCCGCGGCAGGCACGGAACACCAUGGAGAUGGAGCUAGCAAAUCGAACACGGAUGCACCGGCAGCAGGCGGACCGGAUGUUGUGACGACCGAAGCGGCCGCUGGCUCAACGCAGCCGAAAGAGGGUGCAGCAGCAGACGCAGCCGAUAGUGCGGACAACGGUCUGGCAUGUUCAGUGUGUACGGAUGAUUUCAUCAAGGGGCAAAAUAUUAGGGUGCUACCGUGCAAGCAUAAGUUUCAUCCGGAGUGCAUAGACCCCUGGUUACUGAACGUGUCCGGGACCUGCCCUCUUUGCCGUGUCGACCUCCAUCCCACCUCACCCGACAAUGAAGAGCCGGAAGAGGAUGGAGCCGAUACCGACGUGAUCCCGGCUGAUUCUGGUGAUCGCUCCAUCCCCCCUACCGAAUCUGCACGCCGCAACCGCCGUUCUCGAAUCCUGAGCACUCUCAACGUAGGCCGUAUGCGCCACGCUACAGCGGACGAACGCAUAGAUGCAUUGAGGAGAUUAAGGGAAGAGAACCAGGCAACGAACGACAAUGCCGAUCAAGGCGGCUGGAUCGUUGGAGAGCGGACGAUAAACAGAGCGAGGGCGAGAUUGAGCAGAGCUUUUGGAUCGAGACCUGCUUCGGGUAUACACGGUUCCCGACCCACAUCCCAAGUUCCUGCUGCUGCCGCGUCCGCAGAGGCCCCAACCACUGCGGAGACCCCCGCUACUGCAGAGGCACGUGCAUCUGAAGCAGCAGCAACUAAUGAAGCACCUGUUCCCAUUCAAGCAACUCCAUUCGCUGGUGCACUGGCUUCGAGUCCACGGUGA